AUGAUUGCGCCGACCCUAGAUUCACCACCACAAUCGUCCGGCGGAAGCUGGAGGAAGAUUUCGGGGUGGAUUUGUCCGAUAAGAAGGGUUUCGUCAGGGAGCAGGUCGACCUGUUCCUGGAAUCGCAGUUCGAGGAGCAGGCAGUCGAUGUCGCAAGCGGCAAUGAAGACAAAGGAGAAGGGAGCGCCGCAGAUGAUGGAAAUCGGAGGGGAACGAGGGCGAUGA